AUGACGAAUCAGUCGGACGCGAUAUUUCCCAAUAUCCUGUGGGCGCAGCGAGCUGAGUUGGUGCUUAUUACUAUUCCCCUACAGGAUGCCACGAACGUUGUGGUGGAGAUAAAGGAGGGGCGCGUGCUUCACUUUGAGGCUGAGGCAGGAGGUGAAAAGUAUCGUUGUGACGUGGAAUUGUUUCGUGAGGUGGUGUCAGAAGAAAGUCGCCAUGCAGCGCAGCCGCGGCAAAUUGACAUUCAACUAAGAAAAAAGGCACCACUCACUGAAAGUGGCGAGGAGGAGUUCGCUCAGUCCCGUUCAUGGCUGCGCCUCACUCGCGACAAAUCAAAGAACAGCCAUAUUCAAGUAGACUGGUCGCGAUGGCGAGAUGAAGAUGAGGAUGAGGAUGAAACCGGUGGCCUUGGCAUGGAUUAUAACGACUUGAUGUCGCGAAUGAUGACACAAAAGGGACUCGGGGAAGACGAUUGCAUGGAUUGCGGAAACCACACUGAUGAGGACGGAGUCGGACCCGGCGCUGACAAAGCGAAUCAUAGCGACAGUGACGAUUAUGACGAUCUGCCUCCUCUCGAACCGUAA